CUUCAGUAAGCACACUGCCUCCUCACCGUCUGCUUUGGAUUACACAGUCACCAUCACAGAGGGAAUAUAAUACAGGACAUCUAUAGAGGAGCGGACAGCCCCAACAACAGUAGAGCAACAUGGGGAGCAGCAUGUCAUGUGUUCCCCAACACAACUUCAGGUUCUCCAGCAAGAGUUUCAUACGCAGGAACAGGUAAGGGAGGGCAAUCCCUCACAAAACAGGUAGAGUCUAAAUGUCAUACAUGUCUGGCUCGUCUGUUGUGGUGUGGUAUUCGAGAUGGAGGGAAUUCCUGGUAUUUCACAGCGUUUGAGCUGUGAGGUUUAAAUGGAGGUUGUGAGGUUUAUGGGAUCAGAGUCAGGAUCACAUAGGGGGUACAUGAGAGCAUAUGAGCAGUGGUAUAUUUCCAACUGUGUGAUACAGUUACCGUUUUCCUCUUAUUUGCAUCUCCCCGUUAAACUGUCAUUUCAGUUCUUGUCAGAUAAUCUGGUUCCCUUCUCUUAUCAGUAUCUGACCCGCAUUAGAAUAUAAUAUAAUAUAAUAUAAUGGUUUGGAUAGAAUAGAAUAGAAUAGUUAGGAUAGAAUAGAAUAGAAUCACUGCCGGGACAUGAACCAACAAUAUCCUAAACAUUAAAUAAUUAUUUUGGAUGGUUCGAAGUUGAUUAGUAUUGCUGAAAGCUUAUGCUACUUUAAUGUACUAUCAGAGUCAUGAAAUUAAUCAACUUUAUGAUCCUCAGAGAAAUGCUUUUACUUAUAGCCACUUAGCAAAGCGAGGGCCAUGAUGGUACAACUGUUAUGAAUUGCUACUUUACCACAUGGUUGACCAUUCUGGGGGCAGGCUCUAUCUGUGGUAAUCCAUAGGGUUCUGCCAAGUAGGUUUAUGUUCAAAUAAAAACAGAGGGUUUAGUGUUGUCCGAAGUGCACCUAACCGUUGCCUCUUUAAAAACGUGCGCACACUUGCGAGCGCACACACACACACACACACACAAACACACACAGGUGAAUUGGUUGUUCGCUUGGAACAAUAACUUCCAUGUUCUCACUUCCUCUGUGUCCUGCUCUCUCUCUCUCUCUCUCUGUGUAGUGAAAGGGCCAGGUUCUGUUCAGUUAUUCCCUGUAGAGCGAGAGAAUGUGAAUGCCAAUCUAGUGACACAGAGAAUGCUAGGUUCACAGCUAUCAGUCUUAGUCUACAAUCAGCAAUUUGAGUUUACAUUUCUGGAUCGUGUUAGACAGUCCAGACAGUAUUCACAAUAUAUUGUUCUGGCCAUUUGAUUAAUUGUUCAGUAGUCUUAUGGCUUGGGGGUAGAAGCGGCUAAGGAGCCUUUUGGACCUAGACUUGGCGCUCCGUUACCACUUGCCGUACGGUAGCAGAGAGAACAGUCUAUGACUUGGGUGACUGGAGUCUUUGACAAUUUUUGGGGCUUUCCUCUGACACCACCUAGUAUAUAGGUCCUGGAUGGCAGGAAGCUUGGCCCCGGUGAUGUACUGGGCCGUAUGCACUACCCUCUGUAGCGCCUUACGGUCAGAUGCCGAGCAGUUGCCAUACCAGGCGGUGAUGCAACCAGUCAGGAUGCUCUCGAUGGUGCAGCUGUAUAACUUUUUGAGGAUCUGGGGACCCAUGCCAAAUCCUUUCAGUCUCCUGAGGGGGGAAAGGUGUUGUCGUGCCCUCUUCACGACUGUCAGUCAUCACAUUCUGAUCCAAGCUAGAUUAUCACCAGCUCAGACGAAGUCUUUGUUGUUAUGCUAAUGUAAUUCAGAUUGGCCACAGGGAGAUAGAGAGAGAAACUCGAGGGAGAAAAGUUGACUCCCUCUGUUAUCAAUGCCCCAGAACGGUUUCAUUAUAAAGCUGUGACACUAAUGAUAACAGAUGGGGUUCAGGCUUGACAAAGGAGGACAUUGAAGCCUUUAUUUCCCUAUUCAUGCUCUGCCUGUCUGAGACAUAAGCUCUGAUUGUUCUGCUCAUUUAAAUGGGUGACAUUGAAGGAAACUGACAAAGGGGGUUCCUGGUCAAAUGUGUCCAGAUUUACAACACGAAACCAGGCAGUCACUUUACACUCCACACACUUUCAAACGGAAAACCAGACAAGGAAACUCUUCAGAAAGGAACACAUUCAUCUUGAACUCAUCGUUUACAUCUGCCAUUGAGAAGCCAGCAGGUAGUACAGCAAACAGAUAGGCUAGUUAGGCUACAUACCUGCAUGGUAGAGUGAGUUGUAAUGCAUGCUUCUCUUCCCCCCUUCCCUCCCGAGCAGCAGCCGCUUGUUCCGUAAUAAGUAUCCCCAGGAAGGACAGGAGAAGUCCAACAGCAUCAUCAAUAUUCUCUGCACUGUCACUCCCAGGAAGGUAUGGAAUGUUGGAAAACUCUCUCUCUCUCUCCCUCUUCCUCCCUUUCUCCAUCCGCCUCUCCCACUCUCUCUCUCCCGCUUCCAUUCUCUCUCUCUAAACCAUGAUAAACGACAUGGACAUAUUUAAUGAACAUACAAAAAUAUUUGAUGACAAAUUGUCUCAUCUCAACCAUAUCAGACAAACACAAUUACUACGUUGAUACAUGUAUGUAUAAUCUUAGAAAAAAUAGGCUAUACUCUUUUGUCCCUGUACCUUUGGAAGCAAAAAAAUGGUUAUCUUACAGGGACAACUGAAUAACCUUUUUUCUAAGAAUUAACAACCAAACUUCUUCAGCCCCAAUUUAAGUUAGUUUGUUGUGCACAACGGGCUAAUGUUCACUAACAUGUGAUUGGCUGCUUGCAGGAGAUGACCCAUAAGGAUCUGCAGAAGAUCGAGAACAUUAAGUGGGAACCACCGUUCCCUUACGACCCGGCCAGUGGUUGGAAGAAGAGUAGCAUCAAUGUCAAGAACUACGGCAGGAUGGUCCACAGCUCUAAAGUCCGCUUCCGCUUUCUCCACUGCCAGGUGAGACACAACUAGACACACAGACACGCACACACACAGAGACAUGCGCGCACACACACAUACACACAUACAGAGAGAUGCGAGCACACACACACACGCACACACCCCCUCACGGCACUGCAACACCUCUAAAUGAUGAAACAACGAUAAAGCACAAUAAACAUAUACCUCCACACAGUCAUUGUGGGUAAUGAGGUCUUUAAACAAGUCUCAACCCCACAGUGAAACAGUGUUUUAGUCACCCCCGACGGGAGGAAAACCAAACAAACAGUUGGAGGGGACAGGAUGUAGUCCUAGCUCUGUGGCCUUGUGAAACGCUUAGCUAAUACUUAGCUAACGUUGACGUGGUGACCGACGGUGAUAAAUAAAAAGAUGGUUCAGCAUAGGGGACCGCAGGCCACGUUUGAACAUGCUGGGCACUGAAGGAAUUGGGAAACAACUCCCUGAGACAACCUCAGGGCUGAUCUGAGAACAGGUAUACUGGAAAAUACCGGGCCCAACCGUGGGAAUCGCUAUCUGUCACAGAUGCAAUCACGCUGUCAAAGAGAGAGAGAUAGAGAGACAAAAAAGGAGUGAAAGAAUGGAGUGUUAGAAUGGAGUGUCAUAGGGGAAAGAACACAUUGUUUGGUAACUCAAUACAACGCAGAGCGUAAAUCGAGGAGGAAUUAUUGCUUCACUGUUUUUGUUGAAAAAGAUGUCAAAUGGCAAGAAGUGAUUGUAAAUCACAAGUGGCUCUUUGAGAAAUCCCAUAAAUCCUCAGAAUACCACAAGUCCUCAUAAUACCACACGCCCUCCUAAUACAACAAGUCCUUAUUAUCAAAGUCCAGCACAACACUUCCUAUUGGUGUAAAAUUACUCACAGUCAUUUCAACAUUGACACAGCAUUAUAGGACCAUUAAGAAGAAGACCAGCCCGUUUGAAACACAGGAUGUUGUUGACAGGAAGCUGAUUUGGAGAUUGAUUCAUCAUGACAUUAUGAACGUCCCAAAUGGCACUAUAUUCCCUUUAGUGUACUAAUUUUGACCAAUAGAGCACUUUAUAGGGAAUCGGGUGCUAUUUAGGACGUUCAUAAUAUCAUGAUGAAUCUAUCUCCAAAUCAUUAUUUGGUAAUACUGCGUCAUAACACCAAUCCUUUUGAUCAUCAGAGAAAAAGAGUGCAGAGGUCUGGGUAGAAACAAAGACUAUGUUGCCCCUUAGGACCACCAUAAUAGACAGAGAGAGGCAUAUCACUUCCUGACACACACACACACACACACACACUCCCGCUCUCUCUUGCUCUCUCUCCUCAGGAUGUGCAUGACUGCUACCUGGACCUCUUCCAGACACACCUUCAUUUUGUCUCCAACAACACCACUGGACUCACCUACCAGGUGAGGCUUUCCAGCUAUCUGUUCUUCAAAGUCUGCUAUUAUGUUAUUUACAGUGGCUUGCGAAAGUAUUCACCCCCCUUGGCAUUUUUCCUAUUUUGUUGCCUUACAACCUGGAAUUAAAAUGUAUUUUUUGGGGGUUUGUAUCAUUUGAUAUACACAACAUGCCUACCACUUUGAAGAUGCUACAUAUUUUUUCUUGUGAAACAAACAAGAAAUAAGACAAAAAACAAAACUUGAGUGUGCAUAACUAUUCACCCCCCCAAAGUCAAUACUUUGUAGAGCUACCUUUUGCAGCAAUUACAGCUGCAAGUCUCUAGGGGUAUGUCUCUAUGAGCUUGGAACAUCUAGCCACUGGGAUUUUUGCCCAUUUUUCAAGGCAAAACUGCUCCAGCACCUUCAAGUUGGAUGGGUUCCGCUGGUGUACAGCAAUCAUUAAGUCAUACCACAGAUUCUCAAUUGGACUGAGGUCUGGGCUUUGACUAGGCCAUUCCAAGACAUUUCAAUGUUUCCCCUUAAACCACUCAAGUGUUACUUUAGCAGUAUGCUUAGGGUCAUUGUCCUGCUGGAAGGUGAACCUCCUUCCCAGUCUCAAAUCUCUGGAAGACUGAAACAGGUUUCCCUCAAGAAUUUCCCUGUAUUUAGCGGCAUCCUUCAAUUCUGACCAGUUUCCCAGUCCCUGUCGAUGAAUAACAUCCCCACAGCAUGAUGCUGCCACCACCAUGUUUCACUGUUGGGAUGGUGUUCUCGGGGUGAUGAGGUGUUGGGUUUGCACCAGACAUAGCGUUUUCCUUGAUGGCCAAAAAGCUCAAUUUUGUUCUCAUCUGACCAGCAUACCUUCUUCCAUAUGUUUGGGGAGUCUCCCACAUGCCCUUUGGCGAACACCAAACGUGUUUGCUUAUUUUUUUCUUUAAGGAAUGGCUUUUUUCUGGCCACUCUUCCGUAAAGCCCAGCUCUGUGGAGUGUACGGCGUAAAGUGGUCCUAUGGACAGAUACUCCAAUCUCCACUGUUGAGCUUUGCAGCUCCUUCAGGGUUAUCUUUGGUCUCUUUGUUGCCUCUCUGAUUAAUGCCCUCCUUGCCUGGUCCGUGAGUUUUGGUGGGCGGCCCUCUCUUGGCAGGUUUGUUGUGGUGCCAUAUUCUUUCCAUUUUUUUAUAAUGGAUUUAAUGGUGCUCCGUUAGAUGUUCAAAGUUUUGGAUAUUUUUUUAUAACCCAACCCUGAUCUGCACUUCUCCACAACUUCAUCCCUGACCUGUUUGGAGAGCUCCUUGGUCUUCAUGGUGCCGCUUGCUUGGUGGUGCCCCUUGCUUAGUGGCGUUGCAGACUCUGGGGCCUUUCAGAACAGGUGAAUGUAUACUGAGAUCAUGUGACACUUAGAGUCCACACAGGUGGACUUUAUUUAACAAAUUAUGUGACUUCUAAAGGUAAUUGGUUGCACCAGAUCUUAUUUAGGGGCUUCAUAACAAAGGGGAUGAAUACAUAUGCACGCACCAUUUUUCCGUUAUACAUUUUUUUGACUUUUAUGAAACAAGUUAUUUUUUUCAUUUCACUUCACCAAUUUGGACUAUUUUGUGUAUGUCCAUUACAUUAAAUCCAAAUAAAAAUAAAUGUUUUUACUGGAGCAGUAAUGGAUAUUAGACAUUAUGAUGACAAAUGUAAGGCCUCAGACAAUCAUACAUGCACCUGGCUGGCCUUAGUUUUACGCCAGUUAAUAGUGAUAUUUGCCUACGUAGAAAUUGAAAUAGAAAUACCUUGUAUCUCCAAAGUUGAAACUGAAAAACAACCACAUUUGACCAUUGAUGGUCAUAAAAUCAAGAAAAUUCAGAAGCUAUUUUGAAUAAAUGUUCUUAGUCCUAGAGUCAUGAAAUGUUCAGAGUCUAUAAUAGGGGAGUAACAGCUUUCAAUUAAUGUAAAAACAUACUAUUUGUCAACAAUUUAGUUAUGAGAUAUUAUCCAUGCUUGAAAAACAGUGAAUCCCAUCCUUUUUUAAAAGUAUAUUUCUAUGGUCACGACAAUGAAACUGUAUGGUUAAAUGGAAUGAUUGAAUUACUAAGAUUUUACUUGUGUUUUGUGCGUGCAGGGGACUCUUCCUCUGAAAGAGCUCACCAUCUGCAACCUGCAGCAGAACUGUAACCACAGCCAACUCCAGGAAUUUGCCUUCCAGAUCAACGGUUAGUUGGCCUUUUACUUGAAAGGGGAAAACAAUCACUCCUUGUGGUAGUAGUGGCAUUCAUAAAUAGGACAGCAUGGAUCGCUGAGAUGUUGAAAUCGCUUGUUUCAUGUUUUCUAUUGACUAUAGCCAAUCAGUCUGUGUUGAGUUGGCAUUGGAUGGUCUUGUGUUUAUAGUUGUUUAUGAUUCACAGGCUAACUUCAAGCCGCUCUGUAACUCAGUUGUGUGGUAGGCGAGGUUCUAUUCUCAACAACUGAAACAAAGAAAAUCUAGUUCAGGAAUUUGUAUAAGUAGUGACUAAAUGUACCUCUUCUUUCAACCAAUCUCAAAGCUACUUGGGAUCUGUACGCAUAACUUGACUGUCAGGUAACUCUUGUAUUGCUGUCAAAAACUCAAAAUUAAGUGCAUGGUUCUCAAGUUUUGUUUCUUUCUCAGCAAAGACAUACAUAACCCAUAUUCAUGUUCACAAUCCCAAACUGCAACCACACACUAUUUUCAAAUGGUGGUGUUUCCUAUAUUCCGACAUUCCGGUGACUCAAAAGUGCUGUGACCUCUUUCACCUCCACACAACCCCAAGACUAACUAGAGUCGCCCCUCUCAGCCCUCAGUCAGGGGGCCAAGCCGCUCUUGAAGGCCCCUCUUGUUGUGCGACAGGUGCUCCUGAACUCACUCAGCUGUCGAGGCAGAAAGGCCAGUGCCCGCUCUGAGCCCUGUCAAGACAUAUAAUCUAUUGCACAUUCCAGGGGCAUCCUACUUAAUGCCUGCUAGUUUUGUCCCUUAGGAUCUGGGCUCAUAUCCACAAAGUGUCUCAGAGUAGGAGUGCUGAUCUAUGAUCAGUUUUACCUUUUAGAUAUGAAUAAAUAAGAUUAUAUGGACAGAUCCUAGAUCAGCACUCCUACUCUGAGAGGCUUUGUGGAUAUGGGCCCUGAUCUCUAAAUGUUCCUGGACUUCAUUAUCAACCUGACUGUAUGUUUGAUAAUGAUGAUAGAAAUGUGUUGUAAGAUGAAUUUAAGCAUGGUUGACAGAUCUAUUUGUGCCUUAGCCAGCUUCUCUGUCGUCCAUUCUAUGGCAUGACAAUUAUUAUCAGAGGAGUCUGCUAAAGCACAGACAUACCUGGCAACCGGGCUAGAAUUGGAAUGUAUUUAGGAUUUAAAUGUGUUUGAUGAUGGGAUCUUGGUCAUUUCUCGGCAUUCAAGAUGACACACAUUGUGAGUAAAAGUCAUUGACUUGUAAAGUCAGCUCAAGUCAUGGAGAAUUUGAACUCUCUUUAUUUGUAUUUCUUUAUCAUUCACAAUAUGUUUUUGAAAUGGAAGUGAUCUCCUCUAUCAAAUGUUUUCUUUGCUACCCAUGGCCAAAAUAUACAUCACAUUCAUAGAUAUUUCCCAGCGCAAACUGAUUUAAUAAAGCAUUGUACUUAAGAUGUUUUCCCUGUUCUGAGAGAGACUUUAUUUACGUAGAGGGAGGCUGUAGUACACUUGACUGGAAACAAACGUAGAGUUAGCAUGACAAAACUCUGAGUCAAGUGAGAGAUUGUGCGCAGUGAUACCUCUGAAUAAAAAUUGCUUCACUGAUGAAUCAGCUUCACUGUUAGCUCCCACCAGGAGUUGACUUAGCAUGACAUACUAGGAACACGUACGCUCCCGAAUACUGCCGUAGAAAAUCCCGGAAAGUUCAUGCAAAGGUUAAGUUAGUGUCAUGUUGUGCUAACUUUUUUCAUAACAUUUUUGUAAUUGUAUUCUGAUAGAGAUAUAUUUGAAAUGAGAGGAGGAUGAGACAGAUGAGAGGGCAUCACAGCCAUGAAAAGAGUAGCGGAGGGGGAAGAAAGUGGGAGCCGGACACCCCUGCCUCUAGGGCGAAUGGGCUCAGAAGUCCAGAGUCGACAGCACUACCACUAGUCCAGACUCCCAUAAGCCAGUUAAGGUGGACAGGUCAGAACAAUAGGCCUCGGCUCCUGAAAUAUUUAACAACCCGACAAGCCUUGGUUGGGUUUUAACUUUUGCUGUCCUCACUUGAACCAUGUGAAAAUGCCUCCUUCAAGGUCUAAAAUGAAGGCUGGAACAAAUAGAAAGAAAAUCUACAAAUGAGAGCAGCAUGGCCGCAGAUUAGAGAAGCAGUCAGCUGGCAAGGCAAGCAUUCCGGACAAUGACAAAGGCGUGGGGCUGGAAUGAAAGAGGCUAUCUCGCCUGUUAUCUCUGGUAUGUGUAGGGCUGAUAAAGGGAGAUUCCAGCUCUAUUCACCUCAGGUCCUGUAGGCUAUAUUCCUGUUGGGAAGGAAGGCAGUCCAGAGGGAGGUGGGUUUGCUUCCCCACUAGGUGAGCUGUUAUGAGGCCAAAGAGAGCAGGGCCCAUAUGUAUCAAGUGUCUCAGAGUAGAAGGGCUGAUUUAGGAUCAGUUUGGCCUUUUAGAUCACAAUGGAUAAGAUGACAUGGACAUGGGGGACCUGAUCCUAGAUCAGCAGUCCUGCUCUGAGACACUUUAUGAAUACCGGCCCAGGUCGCAAGCUCUCUCCUGUAAUGGUUUACAUGUAAGUCAUACCUAAUUCACACAUGAUUUACGGUAUGUUUCCUGUAAAAACAGUCCUAUUUUUACCACAUUGUGCCAUCUGGUUUGCUUAAUAUAAGGAAUUUACUUUUGAUACUUAAGUAUAUAUAUAUAAAAAAACUACAUUUACUUUUGAUACUUAAGUAUAUUUAAAACCAAAUACUUUUAGACUUUUACUCAAGUAGUAUUUUACUGGGUGACUUUCACUUUUACUUGAGUCAUUUUCUAUUAAGGUAUCUUUACUUUUACUCAAGUAUGACAAAUGGAUACUUUUUCCACCACGGUGGCUGUGCCAUGCAAAUGAAGUCAAUAGUUUGUUAUUUUGUUCAUUAAACAGAUAAGACACACUUACAUAAUUCCGCAUGGGCACAUCUGGAAAAGAGAGGCUGUGUGUAGCUCAAGAAGCUCAUUCAUAUUAACCCAUCGUUCGUUGGCUAAAUAUUAGGCCUAAUACUGCAGUAAAUGGAUCAUCACCAGCCAAUGUGAUCACACCAUCGUACGCUCUCUCUGAUUCAGAGGGGUUGGGUUAAAUGCGGAAGACACAUUUCAGUUGAAUGCAUUCAGUUGUACAACUGACUAGGUAUCCCCCUUUCCCUUUCCCUCCUUUCAAACUACCCAGUUAUUUUGGUUGAAGACAGAUACACUACAAAUGGCUAGUAGGCUAAGUUAGGAACAAAUGCAUAUUAACCCAUCAUUUAUUAGCUAAAUAUAAGGGCCUUUAAAUAUUUACCUGUCAAAGUCAAGAAAAAAUAUGAAAUGGCAGUGUGCGUUCAUCCAGGCCAAAUGCCAAUGCAUUUCUGUGAGAAUAGACAGAGCUACAUACACUUAAAUGGAGAGAAUAAAUGCAUUAAAAUCAUUUCUGUGAGGCUUUGUCUGUAAAAAGUUGGCGGCAUGCUGAAGUUGGUGUUUUUGUCUUGGUUUGAAAGGGAUAUCAGUGGUUUCACCCCUAACUAAACCUGGAUUGACGCUACAGAGGAUCUUCUGGGGAAGUUUGACAGAAUGUGUAAUUAACAUGACGGAGAGCUCUACCUAUCAACAGUGUUUUCACAAUACUUUUGUGAAAUAGUGGGAAAAACAAAAGUCUGAUUUACUAGUGACGACAAGCUGUCAUUGGCAUAAUGUACAGCCUUCUAUUUGUAAAUGGAUAGGGUAGGGCUUUAGCAGGAAGCGCUGGUGGCCCUCUCCCCUCUGACCGCAUGACCUUUGACCCCUGCAGGUGUCAGCCUGAACCCCAUCAUCGUCUACUGCUCCAACCAGGAGGAGAUGGACAUGUGGUUCGGCCUGCUCAAAGAACACAUCGAGAUCAACGGAGGCUCCCCCAUCGCACCUAUCGAGACCUACACCAGGGUUAAGGUAAGGAAAUAAUACUAUGUUUCAUUUAUAUGGCAGUGCAGAUGAUGGAAAUGGAGGAAAGGAGACCAGUUAAUGAGGCCAAUGUAGGAGCUACACUCUGGGAUGAUCCCGAUGGUAAAACAGCAAUCCAUCAACAGGAUGUGUUGAGUCAUGUAGGUCAUGGCUGUCUCUUCCUGAGGGCAUGAUCCAUUCCCAGGGAGCGGUCAUGACUGUGACCGCACCACAACCACAUCACUAGACUCACAUCUGCACUGGGUAUGGCUACACCAACAGGUGUGGAAAAGGCUGAUCACACACAUUCGAUAGUGGAUGAAAUAUACAGUGCCUUGCAAAAAUAUUCAUUCCCCUUGGCGUUUUUCCUAUUUUGUUGCAUUACAACAUGUAAUUUAAAUAGAUUUUUAAUUACAAUUUUAAAUUGUAAUGGACAUACACAAAGUAGUCCAAAUUGGUGAAGUGAAAUGAAGAAGAAAAUAAAAAAUUAUAAAAAUUAUAAAAAAUAAAUAACGGAAAAGUGGUGCGUGCAUAUUUAUUCACCCCCUUUGCUAUGAAGCCCCUAAAUAAGAUCUGGUGCAACCAAUUACCUUUAGAAGUCACAUAAUUAGUUAAAUAAAGUCCACCUGUGUGCAAUCUAAGUGUCACAUGAUCUGUCACCUGAUCUCAGUAUAUAUACACCUGUGCUGAAAAGCCCCAGAGUCUGCAACACCACUAAGCAAGGGGCAUCACCAAGCAAGCGGCACCAUGAAGACCAAGGAGCUCUCCAAACAGGUCAGGGACAAAGUUGUGGAAGAAGUACAGAUCAGGGUUGGGUUAUAAAAAAAUAUCUGAAACUUUGAACAUCCCACGGAGCACCAUUAAAUCCAUUAUUAAAAAAUUGAAAGACUAUGGCACUACAAACAUAUGGAAGAAGGUACGCUGGUCAGAGGAGACAAAAAUGUUGCUUUUUGGCCAUCAAGGAAAACGCUAUGUCUGGCGCAAACCCAACACCUCUCAUCACCCCGAGAACACCAUCCCCACAGUGAAACAUGGUGGUGGCAGCAUCAUGCUGUGGGGAUGUUUUUCAUCGACAGGAACUGGGAAACUGGUCAGAAUUGAAGGAAUGAUGGAUGUCGCUAAAUACAGGGAAAUUCUAGAGGGAAACCUGUUUCAGUCUUCCAGAGAUUUGAGACUGGGACGGAGGUUCACCUUCCAGCAGGACAAUGACCCUAAGCAUACUGCUAAAGCAACACUAAGGGGAAACAUUGAAAUGUCUUGGAAUGGCCUAGUCAAAGCCCAGACAUCAAUCCAAUUGUGAAUCUGUGGUAUGACUUAAAGAUUGCUGUACACCAGCGGAACCCAUCCAACUUGAAGGAGCUGGAGCAAUUUUGCCUUGAAGAAUGGGCAGAAAUCCCAGUGGCUAGAUGUGCCAAGCUUAUAGAGACAUACCCCAAGAGACUUGCAGCUGUAAUUGCUGCAAAAGGUGGCUCUACAAAGUAUUGACUUUGGGGGGCUGUGAAUAGUUAUGCACGCUCAAGUUUUCUGUUUUUUUGUCUUAUUUGUUGUUUGUUUCACAAUAAAAAAUAUUUUGCAUCUUCAAAGUCGUAGGCAUGUUGUGUAAAUCAAAUGAUACAAACCCCCCAAAAAUCAAUUUUAAUUCCAGGUUGUAAGGCAACAAAAUAGGGGGGUGCCAAAGGGGGUGAAUACUUUCGUAAGUACAAGGGCCUCUACACUAGCAAAGAAAAAAAGCAUUAAUGCUACAUUGCUCCUAUAUCACUUCCAAUGGUGACAGCUAGUGUAGGAACAAUUGUUGUUUCGUUAUACAGUUUUCUCGCCCAGGAAGUAUAAUAUUAUGUAAGUAUGAUUGUGUCACUUUCAGAGAAUGAAAAGCCCCAUCAUAAUAGCAAUAAUAGCUCAUACUGUGGAGAAGUUCUGUAUGUGUUUAAUGUUUAUUUCUCGUAACUGGUGGGGUGAAGUAGAUUAUUUCCAUGCCUCGCUAAUGUAAACAUGUCUACCUGUUUCCAGCAGAACGUAAAGGAGAGCACGGAGUGGAGAGAGGACCUGAGGAACUCAAUCAGUAAAGACCCCAUCUAUGAGUGGGAGGGUUCUCAGCGUGAGAGUCUGGGGCCCAUCACGUUCGUGACCAAAGUCCGUCUGCAGCACCUCCCCUGCCAGGUACAACACCCACCUAUGCUCACCUUUCUGUGGUUUAUGAUGUGUCUAUGACGCAUUGUAACCUGUUACUGAAACAUUAUAUCUUGUCAGUGAAACAUAAUAUACCUGUCAGUGAAACACUAUAACCUGACAGUGAAACAUUAUGUGACGAGUACUGAGGAUACGAAGAGGCAGGACGCAGAUGCAGGAAUCAACAAUGUAAAGGUUUACUUAACACUGAGCAAGAGAACAACAAAGAGCGAGUACACGACAUGACACUAACAAUCACACACAACACAACACUUAACAGUCCAGGGCUAUAUAGGGGUGGUGAUGAGAUGAUGAGGUGCAUGUGCACUGGAGGUGAUUAGGGUGCGUUGGGUUUCCAUUCUGGUAUUGCCGAGGUGGUGCGCUUAGACCGUUGGCUCAGUAGACCGGCAAAUCAGAGUGGAGCAACGGGAGGAGACGUGACACAUUAUAACCGGUCAGUGAAACAAUAUAACCUGACAGUGAAACAUUAUAACCUGUCACUGAAAAUUAUAACUUGUCACUGAAUCAUUAUAAACAUGACUGAUUAUUGAUUUUAGAGACACUUUUUGAUAUUCAAAUAUCACUAAAACGAAGAAGCCUGUAUGUACAAUCCGCAUUGCGCAUAAACAGAGAAGACACAUUUAAGAAAGAUGAAUAAGAGAGAGUGUUUUCAUGGUCUUGACUGUUGCUAUCUUGUUUUGUGAAACCAGACAAUUUAUGGAAUUGUCCAUUAGACAGUUAUGACUCCCACCUGUUGUCAGACAGAUAGCGGUGAUCUGAGAAUGAGGAGUAAACAUAACAUUAUCAAUCAAUAACAUUUACCUCAGAGCCCACUAACACUCUCUCUCUCUCUCUCUCUCUCUCUCUCUCACUUUCACUCUCACUCUCACUCUCACUCUCACUCUCACACACACACACACUUACUCUUUCGCAACUUCACCAUGACCUCACCACAACGUAAGGAGUGAGCAUUGUUGUCUGCUGGGACUCUAUUCCUUGAGGGAGUGUAUGGGCAGAACACUAGUCUACUACAGUUACCACAGUACUUACUCCCUAGCUCUCAUACUUUCCUACAAGACGUGAUGUUACUCUGCUAACCGAUCGGGACAGUAACCAAAGAAAUACAUGAUGCUGACUAGGCUUAAUCCUAUAAAACAGCAUUGCUCAUGUAGCCUGUGGGUGAUUCUGCCAAUUAACGUUUGGUGGGAAAGGGCGGUAGCCUGAUUGAAUUAUUUGGAUGGGAGAUUGAAGGGCUUGUAAACUGGGUGUGUGAAAGGCAGUUGCUUAGCUCACGCAGCAACUUGACUCACCUCACAGCUGGAAUGUCAGCUGUCUUUCCAGACACGCCCUCAGCAGGGCAGAGAAACACUCUCACGGGCAUGCAAGUGCGUGCGUGCCACACAUACACACACACACACACACACACAGGUUUGGGUAGGUUACUUUCUAAAUGUAAUCUGUUAGUUACUAGUUACCUGUCAAACUCAGUAACUUAAUCGGAUUACAUUCCUCUUAAGAGGCAUUCAAAGAAGAUAAAAAAAGAAUAUUACCAAUUGAACGACAUCUAUUGCAGGAUAAAUCAAUGUUAGAGUUUACAUAGCUGGCCAUAAAUGGAUGUUGCAUUUUACUUUAGGGGUUGAUUAUGUAGGCUUCUUCCAACCCAUUGCUUUCUACUACAGAUAAUAAUACGUCUAGGCUCUAUCUUUACAUUAAAAACCAAAGUCUGUCAGAUUCCCAGUCAUUCCAAUUAGAGGAGUAUUUUUGUCUGUAAUAAAGCCCUUUUGUGGGGAAAAACUCAUUCUGAUUGGCUGGGCCUGGCUCCCCAGUGGGUGGGCCUGGCUGCCAAGUGGGUGGGCCUAUGCCCUCCAAGGCCCACCCAUGGCUGCGCCCCUGCCCAGUCAUGUGAAAUCCAUAGAUUAGGGCCUAAUGAAUUUAUUUAAAUUGACUGAUUUCCUUAUAUGAACUGUAACUCAGUAAAAUCUUUGAAAUUGUUGCAUGUUGUGUUUAUAUUUUUGUUCAGUAUAUUUCGAUGUAAGGGCCUUCUAUAUUUGACACAGAAAGCCCAGUAGAACUAUGUAACUGAUUGCAUCUGAAGUGAGCACACAUGACACUCUUCAAUUAGGUACUCUUACACUGAACAAAAGAUACAUUGACAGGACAUAGACAUUUGAAUUAAUUAGCUAAUAUUGAAUGUAGUGAGAGUUGAUUGUUUCUAUUGUGUCAACUACAGGAGCAGAGUGACAGACUACUGGUGAUGUACCCAGCCACUCUGAUCAUCCUAUCAGAAGAGAGCCACGGCCUUUUCUACAAGGUACCUUUAAAACGUCCCAUUGAACCAUACAGAUGUAGGAUCUUAAUUUGAGCCAGUUUGCUACAGCAAGAAAAUAAUCCUGCAGCAACAGGAAAUGUCAAUUAUUAUGUGGAUUAUAAUUAAUGGGCAUUUUUGUAGGGGCUGACAUUUUUUAUUAGGGCAAAUCAAGUCUGACAUUUUAAAUGGAAAUGACAAACUAGAAGCCUUUUAAAACCUCAAAUAAUAAUAAUAAUAAUAAUAAUAAUAAUAAUAAUAUAAUAUGCCAUUUAGCAGACGCUUUUAUCCAAACGACUUACAGUCAUGUGCGCAUACAUUUUUACGUAUGGGUGGUCCCGGGGAUCGAACCCACUACCCUGGCGUUACAAGUGGCAUGCUCUACCAAGUUCACAUUCCCUGCUGUGCAGAAAGAUUCUCAGCAACAAAAGAGUGAUCAAAUUAAGAUCAUAAAUCUUUAGAUGUAGACACUUAAAUAGCCUGGUCCCAGAUCUGUUUGUGCUAUCAAGUCAAAUCCUUGUCAUGCCAAUUAGUGGCACGGAGUUGGCAUUAUAGCACAAACAGACUGGCAUUCAGGCUAACUCUUAUUUACAUUAUGUACUAUACAGUAAAUAUACUGCUCUGAUCUGAGUCUCACCCCAAGAGCUCAUAUACAGUAAGUGACUCAUUGCCUAUGACACCUUGAUUAUGCUUGAGGACCUUAUUUGUCAUGUUUGCAGUCCUCUCCCUCUGAUCUGUCUUUGUGUCAGGAGUGUGUGUAAUGGUAUGUAUAACGGUGUGUGUGUGUGUGUGUGUGUGUGAUUGCAGGGGAAACUUCCACUUAACAUGGUCACUGUGACCACACCCUGCCAGGACGUCAAGCCCAACACCUUCAUGAUCGAAGGUAAAUUGACCACUGUCGCCCACUUAUUGUCCAAGCCUCCGUUCAAAUACGACAUAUGUAUUUGACACAGGUCUAUUAUGACGUAUAGAAACUUUCCAAAUGUCGACAAAACAAGAAACGCUUUUAUGCGCAAAUAUUGAUAUGAUAACCAUCAUAUCGAAGUAAACUUGGAGUCACGCGAUGACAGUGUGUGGUCCUCCCACUACGACUGACAUGUUGUGUGGUCCUCCCACUACGAAAGCAUGCAGUUUAUUAGGCUACAGAUGAAAUAAAUUCAGAUGAAUUUAACAGGGUGGUGAAAGUGCAAGGUGAUGAGCUUGAUGCUCCUUUCCAAUCAAUAUCGAGGGUCUUAUUCUGGUGACAUGAUCAUCGUCUGCUGUUUGACAAAUAAAAAUAAUCUCACUCAUUUGUCCAUAAUAAUGUCACCAUGUAGGCUAUAUGUGCGCUCUAGCCAAUGUCACGCCGUUGACUAGAGCGCACAUGCCAAUACCAGAGUGGACAUACUUGCUAUAUCGAAACAUAUUUUAUGAGAAAACCAUCAGUAGAGUUGAAAAUUCGAUGGAAACCCACUUAAUUAGUAGUUUUUAUUCCGUACAUGGGAAUUUAACCACAAAAGGUAUUUUUAUAUGCACAACGUCAUCACGCACAGCCUUUUGUCGGCAACAAAUCAAUUUGAUGGAAACAUCACUGGUGGGAAAAUGUGCAUGAAAAUCUGUCGCCAAUUGAAUGUAAAUCUAGCAUGCACAUUUCAAUGAGUGACCUUACCCAUUGUUUGGCCCUGCUUUCACAGGCAAGAUGAUAAACCCUAUCGUGGUGUCCUGUCUGGAUAAGAGGGAGUUCUGCGACUGGAUCCAGCACUUCAAAGCCUUCGAUGUCCCUGUGCUCAGCCCCCCGCCCCCCGUUUAUGACAUAAUCUACACCCCCACGCCGAGAGAGGUGAGACAUUAGAUUAGAACAAUAAGGGCCUUAACUGUGUCCAUUCCCUUGUCAGUUCUUAACAUGUUGUGUUGUAUUUUUCCCACUAGGCUCCAGUGUUUGAUAGGUGGAGUGGGAACAGCCAGAGCCGGAGUGAGUCUCUGAGGCUGGGGCAGUCUGCUGGGAGUAGGUCACGGGGAUCUGGGUCCGGGUCCCACCACCUCCAGUUCCCUCCUAGACUUGAGGACAACCCUCUGUCCCCAGGUUACACAGAACCACUAUGUGUAAGUGUGCACUUGAAUACUUUCUACCAGGCCUGGAUCAAAUACAUAUGUCAGAUACAUUCAAAUACCAAAAUAAAUUAAAUUAAGUACACGUCAAAGUAUUUCAAAUGUAUUUGAGCCAGUUCUGCUUUCUACGAAGAAACUAGGGUGAAAUUGAAUGUGUACUACUUCCAUGUGAACUAGCCCUCUCAAAUGUAAUUUAUUUACCUUUACACUAAGACGUGGGGCGUUGUAAGGCUCUGCCCUGUGGUGGUCAUUUUUACGUAGCUGGUAUAUAUAGUAUCUGAUAUCCACAGGACUCCAUAUCAUUAAAGCGCUUGUUUGUUUUGGUGGAGUUGAGCUGAGCAUCAGGAGCACUUUUCUAUUCCAAAUGUGAAUUAUUAACCAAGGUCUAGAGACUGUGCAACCCAAGCCAGUGCUGAAGUCCUUAAUCCUCUCAAACGAAAUCAUUCGUCGUGUUUUCCUGCUCCGAAAUAACACCAUUAAGAUAACUUUAACCAUGAGAAAUGAGGGGCACUUACACGCUGCCUCAGCAAUCAACAGGUUACCUGAUAACGGAAAGUGCUUCAGAUUGAACAGAACUAUCAAGACCUUGAGUUGACUUCCUAAAGAGAGAAUGACCCUACAGACUGGUCGGUCAUCCAAUUAGCUUAUACUGGGAAAGGCUCUGUGCCCACAAUACAUGUGGUUCUUGGUGUGUGUGUGUGUGUGUGUGUGUGUGUGUGUAGAGUUUAGUUUACAAACAUUUAUUUAAGUGUCACUCCACAAUGAUAGUCUUUUUAUUUUUUUUCCCACAUUGUGGACAGACCACUCAAAUUGAGUUGAGACACUAAAACAUGGUACAGGAGUCAUCUAUAAUACAUUGCAUCAUCUAUACACAUAUAUGCAAAAACAAAAAACAGUCGAUAAAAGGACAAUUAGGCACUUAUAAAGAAAUGUCUCCAUUGGAGGAUAAGGUGGCAGGAUUUGGCGCAGGCAUAUACAUUAUUGUUACCUGAUAAAAUGUCACAUAAUUUAUUAUUUUCAGACUGUUAACAUUUUCAUUUUGGCUGGAUAGCUGAAGAAAAAUAUCAUCCCUAAUGUCGUUGUAUAACCCACAGUAAAGUAAGGCAUGCGCUUCAGUUUCAAUGUAACCAUCAUUACAAAAACGACAUACACGUUUACCUACAACCUGGUCUCAGAGAAUUUCUUAUUAUUCUGUAUGUAAAUUUGAGACAUUCCAUUUAGUAUGAAAUGGUACGUUUCGUAUGGUAUGUAUUAAUUUGUGGAUGUCCAUCACCCAUUUCGUAUGAUAUGUUACGAAUUACAAUUCAUAUUAUAUGUUAAGAAUUUGCAUAACAUAAAAUAUGUUACGAAUUCGCAAAACAUAAAAUAUGUUACGAAUUUCCGAAACAUACAAUAUGUUACGAAUUUGCUAAAUGUAUGAUAUGUUACGAAUUCUAGCUAGGUAUCUAGGUGGCUAACGGUAGCUAGCUGGCUAACAUUAGCUAGCCUAGGGAUUAGGAUUAGGGUUAAGGUUAGGGUUAAGUUUAGGAGUUAGGUUAAGGUUAUGGUUAGGGGAAGGGUUAUCUAACAUGCUAAGAAGUUGCAAAGUAGCUAAAACGUAGUAAGUACUUGAAAUGUUGCUAAAAUGCUAAAGUUGUCCGUGAUGAGAUUCGAACUUACAACCUUUAGGUUGCUAGACAUUCGCUAACAUGCUAAGUAGUUGCAAAGUAGCUAAAAAGUAUUAAGGAACAAUAGCAUCAUAUGAGGUUUGCCAGAUUGCGAGUUUCUUUGAAUAGCACACGUUGGGCCGGUUUCCCGGAUCUGUAUUAAGCCUACUCCUUGAUUCAAAAGUUUGCGCAAUUGAGAAAGUCUUGAGGAUUGAGUAGUAGGAGCGGUGUUUAUUCGUAUCACCCUGGCUUGUUGCGAUGUCACCGAGCAUACUUGACCUUUGCCCUCUGUCUAUGUGUGUCCUUACAGUACAACUCCAUUCGGCCCUCCUCCACCGAGACGGCUCGGCUGGGCAGCGGCAGUAACAGCGUGUCGUCCCACGCCGCCAGGCCCGAGCGUGACCUCCGACCUUUGUCACAGCGCUGCUCCUACCUCCCCCCAGAGGGGCCGGUGGUGCUGUCCCCCGUGUACAACACCCCCUACUCAGGCCUCCACCGUGACCAUGCCAGCACCCCGCAAUGCCUGGAGAAAGCCCCCCUCGUCAAGGUACUAACUUCAGCCUGGCGGCUAACUUGAUUAUGGAAUAUUCCCUCUGGGACUUUGCUUUGCAUUUUACAUUUUAGUCAUUUAGCAGACACUCUUAUCCAGAGCAACUUACAGAAGCAAUCAGAGUUAAGUUCCUUGCUCAAGGGCACAUGGACAGAUUUUCCACCUAGUCAGUACAUCAUGGGUGCUAGAACUAAAAUAGACUAGUACCACAAAGCAACAGGUCUGUGAGUUAAAGAAGUAUAUGGUAGUACCUCUUUAGCUUAAUUCAGAUGAUGUGUCUUCGGGGAGAUAUUACAUCAUAAGUGCUGGACAUGAAAUAACUUUCCGUAACACACAGACAGUUGUGACGCUAGUAGACUACACCCCCACUCCCCCACCCCUUUUCCUUUCGCCCCUCUGUAGCUCAUGUCUGAGAUUAGAGCCAUCUCUCCGCUUGGUAACCCUACUCCAAAUCCCAGCGCUAAGUGCGGCUUAAAUGAUUAGCUUCUGCUAGCCUCGGAGCGUGAGAGAGUGAGAAAAGAGAAUGACCAUUCAUGCACAGUGCUGCAAGGAACAGCUGACUGACUGAGGCUCGGAAGAAUAAUAAUAACCCCUGGAAAUCCCUGUGUGAUUAGUCAAACAGCUGGAGCACCCCUCAGACGUCCCCGAAGUACGCAUCGCUGUCUGCCCCCCAGCGCCACUCAGACAUGUGCGCCCCCUGGCAGCCCCUGUCGCCCCUGUACGACGAACCCUGCACCCCUGACACCUACGCCCAGGAGGAGGAGAGCAGGCCCAGGCAGCAGCCAACGGUAAGUCGUCACGAUACUGGAUCUAUAUGUCUCAGUUUACACCACAACCGCACUCCCCACCAACUCACACACACAUACUGUACACACACAUAUUACAUAUGCACACAUGAACUGUACAAAAAAAAAAAAGUACACACAAUCAGCUACAUGUGCAUAUAGACGCAGGCACACGCAAUGCACGCAUACAGGGAAGCGUUUGACCAAUGGGUGACGCAGGCAAUGGACAGAGGCUAAGGCCUGCAUGCUGUUGAUGACUAAUUGAUCAUUUCUGAUGCAUAAUGAAGUGGACUGCUGAGAGAUGAAACUCCUUGUCACUAGCAACGUCCUGUCCAUAUACAUGGCUUGUAUUUUAGAGAAAUAUGAUUUAAUCGAUUGAAUGGAAGUUUCCUGUCUAGGUGUGUCUAGAUUUUAAACACCAUAUUGACACGUGUGUGGUUAAGGUCCAUUUCUCGUCAUUGGCUAUAUAUGCAAGACUGUCAUUGGACAGGCACUUCAAUUCCAAUUACUACUACUAACUGCUGGCUUUAUAAUGCUCUCUCCCUUUGAUUCUCAGCAGCAGUGUUGGAGAGGACCACCACAGAAGCAGCAGGACCCUCAUCUCCUACCCUCCUCCUUCCAGCUGCGCAUCCCUCCCCUGGGCAAGCGCUGCCAGAGGAGUCUGGUGCACUGCCAGGGUCUGGAGAUGGAGGGCCCUCAGGGGCCAACGGACCAGAGAGCUGAGGCAGACCAGAGAGCUGAGGCUGUCCCCAGAUUAAGGCUACUGCCUGCACCCAAAGCAGUGCAAGAGGAGGUGAGAAACAGACACUCAAUGCUUUAUUGUUACGGGUCAAUAUGUUUUACAGAUGUAGGAUCUUCAUUUCAUCACUCUUCUGUUGCUGAGAAAUGCAAACGUGUAGUGUAUUUAAGGUUGAAAAAGGUAUCUAAAGUUUGAUUUGCACUAACAAAAAAUGUAUCAACACCUACAAAAGAUGUCCAUUAAUUAUAACCAACAUAAUAAUUCACAUGUCCUGUUGCUGCAGGAUUAUUUUCCUGCUGUAGGAAACUGGCUCAAAUUAAGAUCCUACAUCUGUCCAGUGUAGACUUGUAAAUGCAAUAUUUAACAUUGUAUGUAUGGUACGGACAUAGGCCAGAAUUAAACCUAAACCUAUUUGUAGCGCUUGAGCCGACACCUGCAGCCUUUACCUUGAAUGCAGUCUCCGUAAAUGCAAGUGCAUUGCCUUUAAAAGGCGCAUUGUCAACAGCGCUGUAAGACUUGAAUCCCAGCCAUAGUUAAUGCAUUAUGUCUCAAUCAUAUUUAUUUAGAAUACUUUUGAAUAAUCUACAUUUGUUGUACUCUAUAAUAAUAAUCUCUAAAGUACUAUUUGUUGUUCUUGUACAUGUGAAACAACUUUCUAUCCUCUCAUCUUUUGACAGAAGCUCUUCCCAUCGAUGGCUGCUGUGAACACCCCCCAGAUGCUGUAUGGUUACUCACCAGGUAAGAAUGUCAAGCAUGCUCAUGUAAACUAACACACCGCACAUCACAUUGCAACAACAUUCCUCACCUUGUACAGCUAGGACCAGAAAAUGAUACACUUUAAGAUGUGACACAAAGAGAAAAUGUUAUGUUUUUAAAACUGAAAGGGCAAAGAAGUUGGUUACCUUUAACUUACUCCGUACUUAGCGUUUCUGUCAUGCACACCAUUUCAAACCCGUCUAUUAUAUUGUCACGUCGUCAUUCGCACACUAAAAUCCCACUAAAAGCAAAGUCUGCCUUAGUUGGUAACGAUCUACUUCAAAAACCUCAAUGACACAGAGGUCUGUUCAUAGGGGGACUGGAGUUUUACCCUUUCUAAGAGAAACAGGGCACAUUUGCACAUGCAGUAUAGUAUAAUAUACUAUAUAAAACAUUAGAAUAUUGGACUGUCACUGUCAACAUGCAGUUUGAAAGAAAAGUGCAGGAAAUGCGCAGAUGUGCCAAUGAAAUGGAGCUUAGGCCAGCUUUAAAUGCCAUGUGUGCAGGUGUCUCAUGGGGGGGGAAAGCCCAGUGAAAGAGAACACUGUUCCAGACAGGGUUACUGCUAGCCAUGAUUGACAACACACAACUGGGCUAGGACCGCUCGCUCUAGCUCAUAUCUAUGGGUCCUUUUAUCUCAUAGAAAAACAGGACGGGAUUUAAAGAGGUUAUCUCGGUAUCUCCAAAUAUAAACCCACUAUAAAAUUGGCUAUAACUCAGGACAUUCCAGGUGAUCAUUUCAAGUCGUAUGUCUUUGCACAAUUCCGAGGAAAAAACAGAGGACAAACGUGGGUGCUGUUGUAUAGGCAUGCAACAGGACUGGUUUUACAGUACAGUAACAUUGUAUGUAGCAGUUCACACACACCAUGAGAGAGUUAUACAUUGGACCUGGUCCAAAACUGGUUGCCCAAUCUGGGCGAGGUCUUGUAUCCUUCUUCUUCUACUCUUCUAAAACUAAAAUCUGGGAAUCGUGUCUCUCUCGCCCCCACAGAUCACCACUCAUACCUUGAACCAUCCGAGCCAGAUGACCAGGAAAUGGACUAUGACAACAUUUGGGAGUACGACUGCAAUACCGAGAUAAUUCAACCCAUGUCUGGAAUUUCGCCACACUGGACAGGAUUAGACGUUGGGGCCAGAGGCCUGGGUGCCAUGGCAACCCACCAGCAGAGAUGGUUAUAAAACCAAACAAUGGGCCGGCACUCGUCUGGACGUGUGCAAACAACAGAUCCCUAUCAGAGAGCCAUUCAGUGACCCAGAGUGGAAGCUCACUACUGCAUAUCAUGGUUGCGCCCCAAAUGGCACCCUAUUCCCGAUAUAGUGGGCUCUGUUUAAAACUAGUUCACUAUAUAGGGAAUAGGGUGCCAUUUGAGACACAG